ACGGGGCGGACUCCGCGCCGCCGGCCUUGUAGCCAUUUUAGGAGGAAUCGCUGAUCGCCAGCGAGGGGUGCGGCUUCAAUUUCAAUAACUUUAUUGGUGGCCUGAUCUGCAGAACAGCCAUCACAUCAGUGGCCCUUGGAGGAGGGAGCGCAUCGCCCGAGGUGGUCCCCGACGAGCUGCAGCCAUGGGAAACACCACCAGCGACCGGGUGUCCGGGGAGCGCCACGGCGCCAAGGCUGCACGCUCCGAGGGCGCAGGCGGCCAUGCCCCUGGGAAGGAGCACAAGAUCAUGGUGGGGAGUACGGACGACCCCAGCGUGUUCAGCCUCCCCGACUCCAAGCUCCCUGGGGACAAAGAGUUUGUAUCAUGGCAGCAGGAUUUGGAGGACUCCGUAAAGCCCACACAGCAGGCCCGGCCCACUGUUAUCCGCUGGUCUGAAGGAGGCAAGGAGGUCUUCAUCUCUGGGUCCUUCAACAAUUGGAGCACCAAGAUUCCACUGAUUAAGAGCCAUAAUGACUUUGUUGCCAUCCUGGACCUCCCUGAGGGAGAGCACCAAUACAAGUUCUUUGUGGAUGGACAGUGGGUUCAUGAUCCAUCAGAGCCUGUGGUUACCAGUCAGCUUGGCACAAUUAACAAUUUGAUCCAUGUCAAGAAAUCUGAUUUUGAGGUGUUCGAUGCUUUAAAGUUAGAUUCUAUGGAAAGUUCUGAGACAUCUUGUAGAGACCUUUCCAGCUCACCCCCAGGGCCUUAUGGUCAAGAAAUGUAUGUGUUUCGAUCCGAGGAAAGAUUCAAAUCCCCACCCAUCCUUCCUCCUCAUCUACUUCAAGUUAUUCUUAACAAAGACACUAAUAUUUCUUGUGACCCAGCCUUACUCCCUGAGCCCAACCAUGUUAUGCUGAACCAUCUCUAUGCAUUGUCCAUUAAGGACAGUGUGAUGGUCCUUAGCGCAACCCAUCGCUACAAGAAGAAGUAUGUUACUACUCUGCUAUACAAGCCCAUCUGAAGGGAUCCCUUCUUGCCUCUAAGGAUUCAGGAGAAGCAUCUCCCUUGCCUUUCUGGACUGAACCAGUCUUACCUGAGACUGGAAGGCUGAUUUGCUUUGAGGCUGAUAUGUGUGUUUCAGAGCCUCUGAGUAGGAUGCUCUGCUUUUGCAUUUGAUUGCAGAUGAGAGCUUUAUGAGUUCACGGAAUUUAUUUUAAGAAAAAAAUAUAUACAUAUGAGAAGAAGGUAAAUGGAAGCCUCCUAGCCCCAUCUAGAAGUAUUGUUUCUGCCUGUGGGUUUUCACCAAGACCUAUUUGGGGGCACUGCAGGAAUAACUAUAUAGGAAGAUUUUUCCUAAAAUGAAAGAACAGCAAACUCUUAGGAUCCUUGUUGGGUAGAGAUUCUAUCACUGCUACCUUGGCUCUCCAAGGAAUGGGCUUGUGCUAGACCGCUGCCCUACUUAACAGCUGCCUCAUUGCAAGGGCAGCUUUUCUUGCAUGGGUUCUCUAUAUUCCCAGAGUAUGUGGCACAAUCUGUGUUGUUUAUAUGAUACCAGAUGCCCCACAAGAACCCUUUUUCCUCUCAUUUCACAUUCUUCCUUUAAUAGCCUCCUUCAGAUCCCAUACCUGACCCCUCUCUAACACAAAACUCAUUGGGUAAGUGACUUUGAAAAGUUUUGUGGCACCUGACCCACCCCAGACACUAGGGCUAUCAGAAGGUCUCCUUUUUAGCCCAGCACAGGCCCAGGUCACUUUGUCGUGUUUGUUUUAACUUCCAAAGAAAGUAUGUCUCAGCAUUAUAAGAAAGGCAGAAUGCAGAACAUCUACAUUUUUGUUUUAGUUUGGUGCCAAGGCUCAGGCUGUAUUGGCAAAUUCCCGAAAGUUUUCCCACCUUUGCCUGGCCCUGCUUCUGUCUUUUCUUUCUCAGCAAACAGUUCUGAAGGCAGGAGUGGAACCCGGGAGUAUUUUCAUGUCUUUCAUCCUUGAAAGAUUUUUAUGUGCCUGCAUUUUUUUUUUAUUAAAAAAUGCCUUUUCAUUGGUCUUAAGAGACUGCAUUGGAGAAUUUCAGGCUUUUGAUAAAUGCUUCUUCAAAGAGAUUUUCUUCUCUAGUCUAGCCUUCCACAUUCUUAGAUUAAUAUGGCCAACCCUGUACACAUCACUACACUAAACAUUGCUCUAGAUAAACUGCUCAAGUUCAUUUAUCUCAUUUGAUGCACCUAAAGGGGUCCCUCAUUUUAAAGAUUUGUUAGGCCAAGAAGCAAGAAAGUAUUCCUAGUAUUCCCAACCAUGAAAAGUGUCGUUCUUUGCACCAAGUGUUAACAAAAUCAUUUUGUUCUCCUGCCUCUUCUUUUUAAAGGUGUUUGAUGAUUAAGUGGGGUCACUGAAUUCCAUUUGUGGACUGAAAAGUAUUCAAUCCACUUUUGGGGUUCAGAGAUAAAACAUUUUUUCCCAAGUAGCUGGGCCUCUUCCAUUUUGCAGAUAAGUCAAUCAACACUAAAGGAGGCUAAACUAUUGAUGAAUGAGAGACUCCCUGACUGCUCAGAUGAGCCUAGCCACACUGAAAGGGCCACCUACAGGUCAGUUUAGCUACCUCCUGUCUUUCCCAUGCAAAGCUGACAACACAGUUGUCUUUGGACUUGUAGACCUCUUGGAUUCCAGGUGUGAUGGAGUAAAGUGUGGGAUUGUUGUUUUGCUGGGAUGCAAAUAACUAAAUGCUUUGGUGGUUAAUUGCUAAGAGUAAAUACUACUUUAGCCAUCCAAGGCCACCUUCUGCAGCAAAAGGCUUUUGUGGAGAACCUUUUAUGUUCCCAACCACUUUUUGAAUGGUGUGCCAUUUAAAAAUCCAGGCCAGAUCCUAUUAUAACCAACUCUCAGGAUUUACAGUCUUCAGUUGUACUAGAAUUUUGUUUUUAUCCAAUGCCCAUUAAAUAAGUGGGCCACUUAGGAAGAUUCAAAAUCUUGGUUAUUACAUGAAGUUUGUUAUAUUCAUAUUUCUUGUCAACAGUAUUGAAAUGUAAUAUCUAUGUGUUCAUGUAUGAAAAUUUUUACUCCACACAGGUGUUUCAGUAGAGUGGGGCAGGAAAAGAGAUCUCUUCAAUUUCUCUCAGGCCUGAGGCUUUUGUGAAAUGCGUCACCCCCAGUGACAGUAGGUUUUGAUGCUAGUGAUCUUCAGAUCUUUCUCUCUGGAAAUGUGCAGAGAGUGUCAGUUUCCCAAGUUCUGAGGUAACUCUCAGCCCAGAUGUGAAAUGGGAGCCUACCAGCUGGUAUAGAAGGGAAUGGGUAGGAGGCACUGGGUGCUGACUCAUUCAGCACUGUCCCUUUUCUAUACUGCUGAUACAUCCCAUGGUUCUGAGAAGCCUUAUCUCAGUCUGUUUGGAAGAGAGGCAGGAAGAGAAGGAAGUAACCCAAAGUACUACUCAUUUAUCCUUGUAUAUUGAUUGUUAAAGGGAUAAUUAAUUUUAUGCUGAGGAGAGUUUGACGGAUUUUGAAAAUGAAUAAAGGCAAAACAAAUUUUUUUAGCCUUUAUUUUGCCUUUGGGAAUUUUAGAGAGUCAAAGUAGGCAGAAUAAGAAAAUAGUUCUUCAGGAGGGCCGACCCUUAAAGAACUUCAACAUAGUUUUGGAAUUGUGGGGAAGAGAAGAGUGACUGAGCUGAGAAGUAAUAAUAGGAGAAUAAAGGCUUGAGUAACUUAGAACUGAAAAUAUUCUCUUUUAAAAAGAAAUUAAAUCAGACACCACAUGGUGGUGUCCUUGGAUCUCACUGUACAGAAUUAGCAGUGUAUAACCAUCUUCCCUUUGCAUUUUGUUCCAAUUCUCUCCUCUUUCCUUUCCAUUCUGCUUUAAGCUCAUGUGUCAGGCAGACUUUACCAGAGUGUCAGACAUUACCUAAAACACAUACAUUAGCCAUGCUGCUGGUAUGGAGAAAUUCCACACCAUGAUUAUUAGCCUCCUUUAAGCUUGAAAUUGAAUGGGAUUUAACCAUUCUAGGCAACAACCCUGAAGGGCAUACCUAACCUCAGUAGUGUUGGCUUUUUAAACGUAUGUUUGUAUGGUAGAGAAACUUUGUAAAAGAAGAAUCCAAGAGAAGUUUGUGAGGAUCCUGCAAACCCAGGCCCACUCACUUUGCUCCAAUUCUUUCUAGUCUCUUGUAGAUCUAAUGGGUCUGGGAUAAAAACUUUGAAAAGUGUCAAUAUUCCAUGUAUGCCGCUGAAAUGAAGUUAAGUUUGGAAAGAAGUGAUACCUCUAGACUGGAUUUAUAUUAAUCUGGGAUAUAAAUGAAGAAGACAUACUAAUAGAACUCCCUGCUUUUAACUGGGGAAUAGGGCUUUAAUAAUUUUGACCUCAACUAAAAAUGAUAUGCAAUAGUCUAUGUUUGUGUGUGUUUGAAAUACAUUCUGUUCUCAGAGAUUUCUACAUUCUCACGUUCUAGUGAUUUGGGGCAUGGGCUUAAUAGCAGAUGUACAGCGUAUUCCUGCAUUAUUCUGAUUCACGCUUAAAGCCCAGUUCUUGCUGGCUUCUACCACGGGCUGCUGACUCCAGUUACCCAUGGAAUGCAGGACCUGGGAGGGGUAGCAAUUAGGAUCUUUCAAAACUCUUUGGAUCUAAGCAUUUGUCUCUCCUUAAGUGCCAGUCACAAUUGGAUAUGGAAGGACUGUGAUUUCUGCAAUGAACCCAAACUUUUAGAGUAAAAAGCCAAAUCUUUUUUAAAUUAUAAGAAAGAAGGGAAAAAAGAGAAAAACUCAAGUCUAUUACUUGUAGAGUCCAAUUCUUAGCAAUGGAGUCCUUCUAGGAUUCUGGUUUGGGCUUUGUCUGGAUUUGCUUUUCUCAAUUGUGCUUUGAAGUGAAUAAGCUUUGUUACAAAUUAUUUUUUUAUUAGUUCCAGUAUUAGUUGGAGUUAACUUGAAUUGAUUGUAUGUAGCACAGCACUUUUGCAGUAAGAUUGGUGUGAAAUACUAAACACUAUGGAUUUUGUAGGUGUCAGGUUAAAUGGUCAAGGGAUACCUACAUUAAGUUAAUAUAUUAGGUAUUGAUGAUCUCACUUCUUUUCUGUUCCCCUCUACAAAACACUUACCUAACCCAGCUUGUGGUUUUAGGACAGCCAAAGCUCACUGUUGUUGGUUAGUCCUAAUCACUACAUGGGUCUCAUAUAUGAGACUUGUUUGAAUUUUGGUAAAUUGGAGCAUGUUGGUUGGUAUUACACGGCAGCAUUUUGAAUGAGUGCAGCUCUGUGUCUGUCAGAAAGGAGAGAUAAGACUACUUUGAAGGGAAUUAAAUAUGUGAGUCUUCUUUUAAUGGUGCUUUUUGUAAACUUUAAUGCUGAGGUACAGAGCUGCUUUUCAAUAUUUCAUAAAGGAGUGGCAGACAAGAGUGGAUUUUAAAGCUGUUCUUCAAAUGUAAUUUGUCACUGGACUCUGACACACCUGGAAAUUAUAUGAUAUGACAUACAGAAAUGUUGUGGGUUUUUUCCAUAAAACUGUUUAAUAAAAGUAUUAUAUAGCAAUAA